GCUACCCCAGCUCUCAAGGAAGAUAUAUUUAGGGACAACCCACUGGGCAAACUCUGGUUGAAUCAACGUUAUUGUUUCCACGUAAUUUCAACGUUGAACCAACGUGGAAUAUAUGAUGAAUUGACAUCUGUACCCAGUGGGAAGACUAAGUUCCAGAACGCACUGAGAACUAUCAAGUCAAGGCUUUUGCUUUCAUUUCCAUAUCAUGAAAGACAAUAGCGCCGGCAGCUGCGCUCAUUACUGCGCAUUUGAGUUGUGCGCCAUUCGGGUCACUGAAUCUCUUUUUGACUUUCUAUUAUGACGAGUCGCCAACGACAUCACAACGGAACGCACCUCAGCUGUAGAUGAUGAUUAAAGCUAUGUAAAAUAUUCCCAUUCUCGUCGGGUAAAGCGAUGCCUAGGCUACUGACAGAGAACCAUGAUUUGCAGAGGAUAUAUUUUGGAUAGUCUACUUUGCUAGAGCAAGAGUGUGUGGCUGUCUGUCAAGCACGGAGUCGCUUUGGCGCGCUAAAGCAUCGUGGAUAAGAUGAUUGUCAGUUAUUUCACGUAGCGAAGCGAACACCAAACAAAACCCACAGCUAUAAAAUUCCAAAUUUGUAGCGGACUUCAGAAAGACGGGUAGGGUGCGCGCCCACCGGUUGCUGUGAUGAAACCCUCUCCAGGCAACGGGGUGAACCUCCAGACUCAUCGAGAAGAAUUGGUGUCCAACGGAGGCUGCGGAAUGUCAGACACCGUGACAGCUGUCCAAACCGACACUGGUCCCGGAUCCCCCAUGACUGACAAGCCGGGAGCCGGAGGAGAUACAGACGCCAAAGGAAUCCCGCGGCGGAGCAGUAUUAUCAAGGAUGGUUCUCGUGCUGGUCGUGAGAGGAAGAAGACGGUCUCCUUCAGCAGCAGUCUCUCUGAGAGGAAGAUCAGCAGCGCUGCAGACUGCAUCAGUGCUAUGGUGAGGGGUACUGAGCUGCGGAAGGUGCGCUCCAACUCACGUGUCUACCAACGCUACUACCUGCUGGAGUCAAGUCUGCAGGCCCUGCGAUGGGAGCCCUCCAAGAAGGAGUCAGAUAAGGCCCGCAUCGCCGUCUCCUCCAUCAGAGAGGUCCGCACCGGCCGCAACACAGAGACAUUUAGGACCAACAGCAUCUAUGACCAGAUCUCUGAGGACUGUGCCUUCUCUAUCAUCUACGGAGAGACCUAUGAAGCUCUGGACCUGGUAGCUAACUCUGCAGAGGUGGCCAACGUUUGGGUAACUGGCCUGAGGUAUCUGAUUCUGUAUGGGAAGCAUGCCAUGGAUAUGAUAGCCAGCAGUGAGGACAGCCUUCGUCUCGUCUGGCUAGCAGAGAUGUUCUCCUCUAAGGUUGUUUCAAAUGGACUCGGUGGAAGAGAGGAGGAGGGGAUCAGUUUGCGGUCGGCGGUAGGACUGAUCAAGAGUGUUAACCCUGGAGUGAGGAGUGGGAAAGUAGAACGCAGGUUUAAGGAGCUCCAUCGAAUCAAAGAGAGGACGAGGGGGGCUCGGACAACUGGAGUUGGAACUGAUGUUGGGGCUGUGGCUCUACCUGAAGCAAUGGUUGGGACUUCAGUUGUAGCUGGAGCUGGAACUGGUUCUGGGGAUGGAAUUGAGGUGGUCGGUAAAGGAGAUGGGGCUGGGACUAGAACUGAGGUGGUCGGUAAAGGAGAUGGGGCUGGGACUAGAACUGAGGUGGUCGGUAAAGGAGAUGGGGCUGGGACUAGAACUGAGGUGGUCGGUAAAGGAGAUGGGGCUGGGACUAGAACUGAGGUGGUCGGUAAAGGAGAUGGGGCUGGGACUAGAACUGAGGUGGUCGGUAAAGGAGAUGGGGCUGGGACUAGAACUGAGGUGGUGGGUAAAGGAGAUGGGGCUGGGACUAGAACUGAGGUGGUGGGUAAAGGAAACUCAGACAACAGAAGAGGAGAAAUAGAGGACAGGGUCACCAAGGAGGAGUUCAUUGAGGUAUUUCACGAACUUUGCACCCGACCGGAGAUCUACUUCCUGCUUGUGCAGUUCUCUAGCAACAAGGAGUUCCUUGAUACCAAGGAUCUGAUGAAGUUCCUGGAGGCUGAGCAGGGCGUGGCUCAGGUGACUGAAGACACCAGUCUGGAGCUCAUCCAAUCCCACGAGCCGUCGGAGGAGGGCCGUCGCCAGGGCUGCCUCUCAUUGGACGGUUUCACCAGCUAUCUUACGUCCAUGGAGUGCCACUUGUUUGACCCGGAGCACAGCAAGAUGUGCCAGGACAUGAGCCAGCCCUUAUCCCACUACUACAUCAACUCCUCCCACAACACCUACCUCAUCGAGGACCAGUUCAGGGGGCCCUCUGACAUCACCGGCUACAUCCGGGCUUUAAAGAUGGGCUGCAGGUGUGUGGAGGUGGACGUGUGGGACGGCCCUGACGACGAACCCGUGGUUUAUACUGGUUACACCCUCACCUCGCCUGUCCUGUUCCGCUGUGUCCUGGACGUGAUUGGGUGCUUUUCAUUCGCAGCGUCAGAGUGUCCUCUAAUCCUGUGCUUGGAGAACCACUGCUCCCCCUGCCAGCAGAGAGUCAUGCUCCAGCACCUGAGGAGGAUACUAGGGGAGAGGUUGUACACAGGGCCCAUCGGGGAAGGGGAGGGGUACCUGCCCUCUCCCCAUGCCCUGAGGGGCAAGAUCCUUCUGAAGGGGCAGAAGUUGAAGGAGGGGUGUGGUGACACGGAGGGGGAUGUGACUGAUGAAGACGAGGGGGCGGAGAUGUGCCAGAGGAUGAAGGCUGGUAACAGUGAAGGAGGAGGAGGGGAGGGGGGACAGAAAGGUGGCGGGGGGGGUGUUACUAGUAGCGUGAAAACCCUGACCCCUGCUCCUCCCUCUAAACGGUUCCAUCUUCUGAAGGAGCUCUCGGACUUGGUGACUCUGUGCAAGUCGGUACGCUUCACGGACUUCCAGAAGUCUUUCUCAACCCAGAAACCCUGGGAGUUCUGCUCGUUCAACGAGACCCUAGCGGUGCGCUGCGCCAGCGAGCGCCCGGGAGACUUUGUCAACUACAACAAGCGCUUCCUGUCGCGGGUCUACCCCAGCGCCAUGCGCAUCGACUCCAGCAACAUGAACCCACAGGACCUGUGGAAGUGCGGUUGCCAAAUUGUGGCUAUGAACUACCAGACGCCCGGGUUGAUGAUGGACCUAAACAUCGCCUGGUUCCGCCAGAACGGGAAUUGUGGGUACGUGCUGCGACCCACCAUCAUGCGACAGGAGGUUUCAUAUUUCAGCGCCAAUACAAGAGAAUCUGUGCCGGGUGUGUCCCCUCAGCUGCUCCAUGUUAAGGUGAUCAGUGGUCAGAACUUGCCCCGCCCGUGUGGUUCUGGAGCUAAAGGAGAUGUGGUGGACCCGUACGUCUACGUGGAGAUCCAUGGUAUCCCUGCCGACUGUGCCGAGCGCCGCACCCGCACGGUGGUGGAGAACGGAGACAACCCCAUCUUCGACGAAAGCUUUGAGUUCCAGAUCAACCUGCCUGAGCUGGCUAUGGUGCGCUUCGUGGUGCUUGAUGAUGAAUUCAUAGGGGACGAGUUCAUAGGUCAGUAUACCAUUCCCCUGGAGUGCUUACAGCCAGGCUACCGGCACGUACCAUUACAGUCUCUGAUGGGGGAGGACCUCCCCUACGCCCGGCUGUUUGUCCAUGUGGCUCUCACCAACCGGAGAGGAGGGGGCAAGUCCCACAAGCGAGGGCUGUCUGUGCGAAAGGCGAGGCGAGGGAGGGAGUACGCUGCACUCAGGGACCUGGGGGUCAAAGCCUUGGAUGAUGUUUUCAAAAUGGCGGCCCCGUCAUUGAAGGAAGCCACAGACAUGCGGGAGAACAUGCAGAACUCGGUGGCAGUGUUCAGGGAUCUGUGUGGGGUGUCAGCGGUGGCUAACCUCAUGCAGUGUGUGUUGGCCCUGGGGGCCCGAGUUUCGGGUGCUGACGGGGCCCCCCUGCUGCUGUUUGAGUUGAAGGAGCAGUACCCCUCCAUGGAGUCUCAGGGGCCCCUGCCGGACGUCCUACGCAGGGUGGUGUCCACUUACGAAAUGAUGAUCCAGGCGAGCAGAGCGGUGAUCGAGCUGUCAGACGGAGUCUACGACAGGAUCCUACAGAUACAGACAACAGCCAUGGAGUUCCAUGAUAAGUUAAAGCCCAUGGCAGUGAAGGAGGGGCUUAAAGGUCGUAAGGUCACCAGAGCUGUGGAGAGUUUCAGCUGGAACAUCACAAUACUGAAGGGGCAGGCAGACCUGCUGAAACGGGCUAAGACGGAGGUACAGGAGAACAUAAAGCAGGUCCACUACGCUGCCCUGACCUCUAACCUCAGUAAGGGCGGGACAGGAGAGACAACCCACACCCGGCGCAGCCUGGACGCCCUUCCUUCAAUGUCGGGUACAGCUCCGGCAAGAAGUUUCCCUUAGGCAGACAGGUCUAGGAACAGUUUACCUGUCUAAAAUUAUAUAUUGAACCAUAAGGGGAAAAUGUAAAAACUGACCGUAGGUCCGUUUCUAAGGGCACAAUUGUCCUAUUCUGAGGAUUGUCAGGGUGAUAAGAAGUUGCUACAUACGUUCUAUAGUGAUAGGCUCCUUCUGCAUCUCACCCGGGGGCUGCUGGAGAUUAGUCUGCCAUUUUCUCCAGACAACGAUGAGGAAGAAGGAGGAUGGACUCAGUUGAAGAGAAAAACUCCUGUUAUAGCACUGUCAAGAGGGAGGAGUAAUGUCGAAGACACUGGAGACAGGAAUGUAGAGAGGAAUGAAGGAAUGAGGUCUGAGAGAAAGAGAGAGACAGACUGCCCUGUCCCCUACUUUGUAUGCAGCUAUAAAUAAGAAAUGUUUAAUCCUGCUCUCUAUGGGGCCGAUUCAGACCCGAGUUAUGCACUUGUAAAUGGAACUUAAUUCCCUUUUUAUGCGCUUUUCUUUAAAACGUAUUCUGACCUUGAAUUUAAACAAUGUUUCAGCCAGCUAUUCCUUCAGGGUGGAGAUCAGAGAAAUGAAUCAAUUAAAAAAACUGAAAUAUCACAUUUACAUAAGUAUUCAGACCCUUUACUCAGUACUUUUUGAAGCAUCUUUGGCAGUGAUUACAGCCUCGAAUCUUAUUGGGUAUGACGCUACAAGCUUAG